GAGAGAGCGUCCGUCCACACACAGCCGAGGAAGAGGAGAGCAGAGAUCGACCGAGGUAGGGAGGAGAUGCUGACUCAGCUGAUUCUGGGAUGGACUGCCUUGCUCAGUGGCCUGCGACCAGCUGCUCCCUCGGUCACAAGCAGUUUCACAUCUGGCAGAAACCACAGCGAGCUCAUGGCACGGAAGUGUAAGCUCUUCUUCCCUCCUCCUCUUCCUCCUCCUUUGUUUCCUCCCAUCCAAUGGAAGGCAGAGCUGAUGGUCGAUAUAACGCCACAUAUCACAGGACCCAGAGGGGAAAAGGGCUGUCGAGGACCGAGAGGACCCGAGGGAGAGCCUGGAAGAACGGGUGCAGAAGGAGAACCAGGACCAGUGGGAGUCAUGGGUCAACCGGGACAAAAGGGAGAGAAGGGCAACAGAGGCUGGCGGGGACUUUACGGAGACGCAGGAACUCCUGGGACCAUAAAGGGCACUAAAGGCUUUAAAGGAUUCAGGGGUGAUAAAGGUCUGAAAGGAAGCCAGGGAGCUGCAGGAGUAAAGGGUCGGCGUGGCAUCUCUGGGUUAGCAGGAGAAAAGGGGGACCUGGGCCUGCGUGGUGAUCCUGGCCACAGGGGGGCGCAAGGACCGAGAGGAGAACCUGGAGGCAGAGGAACCAUGGGUUUGAAGGGAUUUCAUGGGCCUCUGGGGAACCCGGGUCAUUCUGGUCCAGCAGGAGAACCUGGUCUCACUGGAGACCCUGGAUCACCUGGACAAGUUCACAUUGUUCCAGGUCUGCAGGGAGACACAGGAAACCGGGGCCCGUCAGCCACAUGUGACUGUGCACACGUUCAAACACCAGAGCGACUGAUGGACAAGGUUCCGACAAUUUUUAUCGCCGACGGGGAGAAGCAGAUGAGGAAGCUGCGUGGGGAGAACGUGAUGGUUCUGCGGACAGACCGCCGGGCUCUCUACAUCUACUCUCAGUCCCAGUGGAUCAACGUUCUGGAGGAGCCCAGACACUGACCUGCAGCACUGAAGUUCCUCCGAGCAAGGCACGUCCUCUCAUGUGACACACUUUUACUGCUUGGAUUGAGGUUAUACAAAGGAGAAGAGGCUGCACCUUGCAAUUAUUUUCCUGGUGAUGUAGUUGUUUGGUUUAUUAAAUGUCAGAAACUCUUGGUCAGUGUUUCUCAAACAUGGAAAUGAACGUUUUUUUGUUAUAUGGAGCAAAGAAACCAGAGAAUAUUCACAUUUAAGUGGCUGAAAAAAACGUUUAGAUUGAAAAAUCAACUAUCAAAAUCUUCUAUUUAACUUUGGAUAUGAUUUAUCCAUGAAUGUGUGCAUAAUUAUAAUUAUUUAUAUUAUUAAAUUCCAACUACUUAUGUAAAUCUUGUUUUAUGAAUGUACAUAAAAGCAGGUUAUUAGUUUGAAGUAUGUGCUGUUGUUGCAGAAUCGGGUUGUUGUAUGUAGUGGAAAAUAAACACUCUACUGUU